AAGGGCUCGAAGCGGUAUCGUAGGGUAGUGGCGUAAAUCAGCGUCGCUGCGAGGAAAGGUGUCCGGACGCUCAAAACGAAGCUGAGGCAGUGUUGAUUUAAUCGGAAGGCGCUGUCAGGAAGUUCAGAUGAAAGAGGUUGCUUCGGGUUGUCACCGCACCUCAAACGUCAGCCAGUGACACCAUGGCUGCCCACGACAUAUUGUUCACCUUCAUCGAAUCUUUGGUCGCUCCCAUUCUUAUUGUCUUAGCACUCGCACCAUUCAUCCAUUGCGUAUUGACUUUGCAUCGAAAGUGCGAGCAACGCGCCUUCCGGUCCAACUCCUUAACACCUCAAGCGUUUCAUUUCAAGCGUACGCCAUCGGAAGAAAAUCCUGUCUGAAACAUGUUCAACGACGCCACCUCCGGCGACAACGCCAUUGCCAUCCAGUCACCCACAGUCCCUGCAUCCAUGUCACCUAAUGAAGCCUCUGAGCCAGAUCCUACCAACGAGAUGGCGCCAUCUCAUUCCAAGUCCAGGUCCAAGCGCCUCCUAGACCAUAUUUUCUCGAGCAACAAGAAGAAGACAACAGGCAUGAAAGAGUCGACUCUUGACAGCUUUGACAAACGCAAGCGAUCAAGAGAGAAAGUAUUCAAGGAGUCUGAGACUUGGGCACGAAAAUCGCAACGAGAAGGCGACGAAAAGGCUAGGCAGGAACAACGAAGAGCGAGCAAUGAGCAAGCAGAGAAGUACCGAAACGACAAGAAGUCACAGCAGGCGGAGGAGAAGAGAACCCGAGAUUAUUACACUAGCGGUAUGUUCUGGGGAUUUGACCCUCGCGCUGGGAAGCUCCGAUCAGAGCGUGAUGAUGCAGGCGCCGUGCGAUCUGGGUCAGACAUGGAUAGGCCGUUCUUAACGCCCUCGGAUAUCCUUCUUACAAAGCCCAAACGUGGAGAGACAUGGGGUGUGCAGCAUGGACAGCCCAAAAAGCUCGAUGCCUUUGGAGUUCCUGUCCACUUUCGUGGUGUCAACGGGCGCGAUACUCGUAUUCCUGGCGAGAGUGCUCAGACUGCUCCUGAAGAGACUCCCAGCAGCAGUGGUAGAGGCAAUUGUUGAUGUUUGAAAUUACCUAUGGAGCCGGAUCCCUUGUCCGUAUUAUCCUGGUGCUCUACAAGGUCGAAACCCUCAUGUAGUGAAGCCUGGGCUCGUCUUAUUGUCACAAUAGUCCACCUGCGAAGGUACUCUUAGCUCCCGGACCGGAACAAACAUCCUCCAUUCCCGGAACGCAGAUGAUUUACAAGAUAUUGAACAUC